AUGCUCCUAAGUGCCGCGAUCUACUUCGACGGGUUUCUACCAGCGUCAAAGUCCGAAGUUCGUUUGGAGAGGAUACUCAAAGUGUCUUCAUCAUUGAAGGUCUACCGCUCGGGGUUUCCCAAUGGAUGCCCGGCGCGACAGAUAGCUUCGACCCGCAUUUCACUACCUCCGCUCUUCCCAACUGAUGCGCCCAUAAGAGACCAGCCCCUCAUCCCGCCGCCGCCGUUCCUGGUAGCAGCUGUUGUGGACAAGCUCUGCCAGACCUCAAAGUACGCGACCGUCGUCCGUCUCGUACCCGGCGAAGCAGACGCGUACUGCGCCGAGGAUGUCUUUCGGAAUGGGGGAACCAUCCUAACCUCGGACUCGGACCUGACAAUUCAUGAUCUGAAGUUAGGCGCCGUAACAUUCUUCAGGGAUCUCCACAUCGCUUCCACCGAGGAAGGGGACCAGCUCAUGGGCCCUAAGUUCUCGCCAUCAGAUAUUGCAAGGCGCUUGCAACUUCCCCAAGACCAAGGCAUGCGAAGGUUCGGUUACGAGUUGUCCAAGUCCAGCCGACCAAAGUUCGCCCAGGUUCUUGAAAACUGCAAGGGGGACCUCUUGGAUCCUGAUGAGUUUCGCAGGUUCUGUAUACCAUACGAGACGUUGGAAACAACGGACUGGAGCGAUGUGCCUGUACUUGGCGGUAUCGACAACCCCACCCUCGACGCCAGGCUAUCAGAGGUUGUCUUGCAAUGCCUGAUUCUCGCUUACGCGUUGGAGGAGGACAAGCAAGAUGCAUGUCUUGGCUCCAUCAAGCAAGUCUUUUCUGUCGCGAAAGACUCGAAUCUUGUCCCUUGGGACGUCGUCCAUUUGACAGCGCAGGUCCAGGCGACCCUAUACUCUCUUCGCAUUUUGGCUCAGGUUCUAGACCUAAUGUAUGAGAUAAAGGCAGAGAAGCCUGUUCAAGGCUCGAAGCAGCUGCGCGAGUUGCUGGCGACCUUGCCGCCUCUCGCGGAUUAUCCCUCAGUGAGCGGCACGAUAGCUCUGAUGGCGAGUUUGAAGGACAGCGACGUGCUGGCCAAGGUUGCAACAGCGCUCGAUCUGCCAGAAGAGGCGCUCCUGCCAUCUAAGGAGAGCAAGAGCAAGAGCCAGAAGAAGAAGCGGAAGAAAGCCUCAGAGACGGAGCCUCGGGCAAGGCCAGAGAAGAAGGUGUCGUCGAACCCCUUCGAUAUUUUGGAGACCGAAUAG